AUGUCACAGUCGCCCAUGAUAUCUGUGCCUGUCAAGGCCACCAACGAAAUCGACUGGGUUACGCCGCUUAAGAGCUACAUCCGCAACACCUACGGUGACGACCCCGAGCGCUAUGCCGAGGAGUGCGAGACCCUCAACCGCCUGCGCCAGGACAUGCGUGGCGCCGGCAAGGAAAGCACUUCGGGUCGGGAUAUGCUCUAUCGCUACUAUGGUCAGCUCGAACUGCUCGAUCUGCGCUUUCCCAUUGAUGAGCAGCACAUCAAAAUAUCCUUUACCUGGUUCGAUGCCUUUACCCAUAAACCCACGACGCAAUACUCUCUCGCAUUUGAAAAAGCCUCUGUCAUCUUCAAUAUUUCUGCCAUUCUCUCCGCCCACGCCGCCCUCCAGAACCGCGCCGACGAUUCGACCCUCAAGGUAGCAUACCACUCCUUCCAAGCUUCUGCCGGCAUGUUUACAUAUAUCAAUGAAAACUUUCUUCACGCGCCUUCUUUCGACUUGAGCAGGGAGACGGUCAAGGCAUUGAUCAAUGUCAUGCUCGCCCAGGCGCAGGAAAUCUUCAUCGAGAAGCAGUCCAAGGACAACACCAAGAUUGCUCUCCGCGCCAAGUUGGCCGCGCAAGCUGCAUACCUCUACAGUCAAGCUCUGGAAGGCGUGCAAGAGAAUGUCACAAAAGCCCUGUUCGAAAAGGUAUGGCUGACAAUGGUCACCAUUAAGACGAGCUUUUUUACGUCCAUGGCACAGUAUUACCAGGGUCUGGCCGACGAACAAGCUGGCCAGCACGGAAUUGCUGUGGCACGCUUCAUGGCUGCUGAAGCUUUUGCUAAAGAGGCUGAUAGACUUGCUAGGAAUUUUCCCAGCAACGUGCCUUCAAGCUCGAACCUAAGCGCAGAGUGCGGCGCGCAGCUGCAAGACCUUUGCAAGCGCCAUUACUCUUCCGUUCAGGACAAACAUAAAGAGGCGCUUAAAGACAACGAUUACAUCUACCACCAAACUGUUCCAGCCGAGGCUAGUCUACCCGCAAUUGCUAAGCUUCCCGCAGCCAAGCCAAUUCCUGUCAGUGAGCUGUAUGCUGGACAGGAUAUCCAGCGUAUAACCGGACCCGACUUGUUUGCCAAGAUUGUACCAAUGGCCGUGACCGAGUCUGCUAGUUUAUACGAUGAGGAAAAGGCAAAGCUCGUGCGAGCCGAAACGGAAAAGGUCGAUACUGCCAACGGCGAGAUGGCGGCCAGCUUGGAUUAUCUGCGACUCCCUGGCGCUCUGCAGGUGCUCAAGGGCGGCUUUGAUCGAGAUAUUCCGCCAGACGAGAAUUUCCGACAGUGGUGUGAAGACAUUGCCACUCACGACGAUCCAGCUUCGAUAUUCGAAUUCCUCAGUUCGGAAAAGCGAGCCAUUAUCAAGAAGCUGGAGGAGACGUCAACAUGUUUGGACAGGGAAGAAGGUGUCUGCGAGAAGAUGCGGUCCAAGUACAGUGCAGAGUGGUCUCAGCAGCCCAGUGCUCGCCUCACAACGACUUUGCGAAGCGAUAUCCGAGGAUACCGAGAGGCGCUGGACGAAGCUUCCCGAAGCGAUGGGCAGUUGUCCAGCAAGCUGCAGCAAAACCAAGCCGACUUCAACGAAAUGCGUGAUGCUGUCAACACUGGCAGAGUUGAUCAAAUGUUCCAAGAUGCAAUUUCAAAAGCGCGAGCUCGCAGCAGCCAUGCCAGCAGCCCCGCCGGAAUCGAGGCAAAUUUGCUAGACACCGACUUUGGCGAGAGUGGGCCAAGUGUAAUGGAUCAAAUAGCCAUCAUCGAGGACAUUCUCAAGAGGCUCAACUUGAUUAAGCGUGAGAGGAAUCAAGUGCUCAAGGACUUGAAAGAAAAGGUUCACGAUGAUGAUAUUUCCCAAGUAUUGAUUCUCAACAAAAAGUCAAUCUCUAAUUACGAGAAUCAACUUUUCCAGCAAGAACUAGAAAAGUUUAGACCUCAUCAAAACCGCCUGUUGCAGGCUAAUCACAAGCAAUCAGCCCUCAUGAAGGAGCUGACUCUAACAUUCAACGCCCUGUUGCAGGAUAGGAGGGUGCGCUCGGAGCAAAGCAAAUAUGAGACGGUCCAAAGACAACGCUCGUCUGUUAUCAACCGAUACAAGCGCACCUACCAAGAGUUUCUCGACCUGUACGCUGGACUGCAAAGUGCCAAGAACUGGUAUGGCGAGAUGAGAGAGUCGGUGCAGAGCCUGGAAAAGAAUGUUGAAACUUUUGUCAACAAUCGUAGAGCAGAGGGUGCACAACUUCUGGACCAAAUUGAGAGAGACAAGUCGUCAAGCCGCAGCAACCAGGCUGCACUGGAGCAAGAGCGUCUACGCGGCCUGAUGGAGCGCAUGUCGAUGGAGGGCACGAAAUCACCGCCGCAAAAGUCACGACCAGCUCCAACCCCUCUAUUCCAGUCUGGACAGGCGCCACGUUACCAGCAAGCAGGCAAUUACCAGGGGCAGCACCAAAUGCCAAACUCACCGCCAGCCCACCAGCAAAUGUACGGCGGCUACUCUAGCCCAGCUCCGCCAGCCAGCACCUUUUCACAGCCGACUUACAACCCCAGCCAGUACGGAAUCACGCCGGGACCGACAUCGCCACCCCCAAACCAGGCCUCGUUUGGCAUGAACACGAUGCGUCAAGGUCCUCAGUCACCGCCGGCAGCGCAGACUUCGUUCAGUCACACGCAGCAGCAGCCAUACCAGGGAUAUCACCAGCGGUCGUACUCGUCGCAGUCGCAGCAGCACGUACCGCAACACGCGCAGCCAGGCUACGUGCCUCCGGGGUUCGUUCCGCCGCCGCCGCCGCCCGGGCCGCCGCCACUGGGGCCGCAGCAGACUGUACAUUACGGAAACCAGGAUUACGACCCUACCGGGGGGCGUCCUCCCAGUUCACAAGCUCGACACGGGCAGGGCCAACAACCACACGACCCAUGGGCAGGGCUGAGCGCGUGGAAAUAG